AUGUCAAACCAAGAAAAUGAACUUCUUUCCAAUAUGGAAAGGAUGUUAACGUCGAAAUUAGCAGAAUUUGAGGAGUCGCAAAGGGAUUUUUCACAGGCUCAGAUUUCAAGAAUUCAGCAGAGUUUAGCAUUAAAUGACACUUACACGUUUCGUAAAAAGGGGAACGAGGAGCAACAUAAGGUGAACGUUCGAGUACUCGAUAAACUGAAGGAAGCAGACGGGUUUCUGCAAGACGCCAUAAGAACGACUCCAGGCGAGGAUGUAACGUCAGCACAGAAAAAAGUAUCAGAAGGUAUUGGCAUUCUUAUUCAUCGUGAAAAAUUAAUAAAGUUAGCAGAUUCUUCUGACAGCGGAUGGCGUGUAGUCCAAGAAUACGAGGCUCACCCUCUAGCUGACGACUCCGACGACGAAAAGAAAAUAUUUAGAGCCCAAGUCAAAGCCGACCGGAAGUUGAAACAGGAAAAGCGAUCUAGGGGGUUUCGUUACAGUCCUUUUCAACGAAAUACGUAUUUUCCGACGCAAGACGCAUCGGUAGCAGCACCAUCGCAGAAUCGAGGAAUGCGGCCCUCACAAGGAUGGAAUCAGUCUACUCAGGGACGGAAACCCGGUACUUGUUUCCGCUGUGGGCGACCAGGGCACUGGCGAGCAGAAUGUAAAGCCGUGAUGGGAGAUGGUGGUCAAGUGAAUAAGGAUUCACAGAUAAGUAAAAAUUUGUUGCAUUCUGUAGUAGAAAGUUUUAAGAGCAUAAAAGAAAAUACUGUACAGGAUCAAAUAUUGAUAACGCCAGUUGGUAAGUUGAAAAGUUCUUUAGAACACUGGAAAGCUGCUGGGGCUAAUCAAUACAUUUUAGAUGUAGUAGAACAUGGCUACAAAUUGCCGUUAAGAAAUAUUCCUAGUUCUGUUCGUCUAAAAAAUAACAAAUCGGCCAGAGAUAAUCCAAAAUUUGUAUCCGGUGAGAUUAAAAAUUUACUUUUGAAAGGUUGUGUAACUGAGGUUCAAGAAACACCGUACAUCAUAAAUCCCCUCACAGUGGCUUACGGGAAAUCAGGUAAGCCUCGACUCGUGCUAGAUUGCAGACAUAUAAAUCUCGAGCUUUUCAAAUAUAAAUGUUGUUUUGAGGAUCAGUCGGUUGCUAAGCAACUUUUCUCAACUGGGGACUAUUUGUUUUCUUUUGAUAUAAGAAGUGCGUAUCAUCAUAUCAUGAUUUUUCAAGAACAUAAAACAUAUUUAGGUUUUCCAUGGGAGUGUGACGGUCAAGCUCAUUAUUAUGUAUUUAAUGUGCUUCCUUUCGGAAUUUCAACAGCAGGGUUCAUAUUUACUAAGCUUUUGAGAGUAGUUGUGACUAAGUGGAGAUCCCAAGGGUUUAGAACAGUAUUAUUUCUGGAUGAUGGGCUCAGUGGUGAGAGUACGUACACUAGGGCUUUACAGGCAUCUAAAUUUAUGCAUCAAGAUUUGAUUAUGUUUGGGUUUUUGAUAGCAGAAGACAAAUGUCAUUGGGAACCAUGUCAAAGUAUCGUAUGGCUAGGUUAUUUAUGGGAUACAUGCAGGGGUAUCUUUAUGGUCACAGAAGAUCGUAUACAAAAAACAGAAAGGUUGUUGAAAGAAUUCAUGGAAAUGAUACGUUGCACGUUUGAUAGGGCAGUUGAUCUCUAUGCAGUCAGCCAUUGGGCAAGUCGUAAGACUAAUGUCAAGGUCGCUGUAUGA